AUGCUGCGUCGACAAGCGCGAGAGCGCCGCGAGUAUGUGUACAAAAAGGCACUCGAGUCCAAACAGCGCCAGAUAUACGAGCGUAAACAAAAGAUCCGCGAGGCGCUUGCGAGCGGAAAGCCGUUGCCGCCGGAGUUGCGCGGUGCAGAGGCGCAGGAGCUUGCCAAGCACCUGACGCUGGACGCCGCGCAGACCGAACCUGAGAGCUCGAUCGAUGACGAGUACGCACGCGCUGGACAGUACGAUCCGCGCAUUUUGGUUACAACGUCGCGCAAUCCGUCCUCGCGACUGUCGCAGUUUGCCAAGGAGCUCCGGUUUGUGUUCCCCAACUCGACGCGAUUGAAUCGCGGAGGCUAUACCAUGGCAGAACUUGCAUCUGCCGCACGUGCGAAUGGAAUGACGGACCUGGUCGUUGUGCAUGAGCACCGUGGUGUGCCGGAUGCCAUGGUCGUCUCGCAUUUUCCUCACGGGCCGACCGUGCUGUUCUCUUUGCACAACGUCACAUUGCGACAUGAAGUCGCGACGCACAGCGACAGCACUGUGAGCGAACAGUACCCACAUUUGAUUUUUGACGGAUUCGGGGGUCGGCUUGGCGAUCGCGUGCGGAAUGUGCUUCGUUUCUUGUUCCCUGUGCCGAAAGAAGAUGCGAAACGCGUGAUGACGUUUGCAAACACUAACGAUUUUAUCUCGUUUCGUCAUCAUGUGUUUGUGGCGUCGCACCGCGAGGCGCAUCUUGCCGAGGUCGGGCCGCGCUUCGAUAUGCGCCCGUACGAAAUUCGGCAGGGCACGAUCGAGCAGAAAGAGGCUGACGUCGAGUGGGUGCUUCGUCCAUUUAUGAACACUGCGCGCAAACGCAGUCAGCUUGCAGGAUCGGUGUCGACAUGA